GCCACAUCAUAACAACCUAACCAGUGUGACCCGACCUAUUAACCCAUAAUCCAACCCACCCCAAAUUCAAACCCAAAAUUAACCAAUCUGCAAAAUCCCUCAGCAGCCGAUGGAGAAGUCAGAAGAGUACCGCAAGAAGCUAUUACCGUUGUCCUCGUCCAAUCCGUCGGUUCGAGACGGCGAGAUGACGGCCUACUUCCUGGCCUCCACCCCUCUGCUUAAGGAGUUGUGGGGCGAAAAGGUUGGAUUCGCGGCGGAGAUCAGUGGGGCGGGCAGCAGCCGGGUAGGUUACUUAGCAUUUUGGCAGGCGGAAUCGUGCCGGAAGGAUGGGCGAAUUUGGUUGGGGUUGAAGCUGCUUGGGCGAAGAAUAUCUUUUCCUCGACGAUGUUGGCGGCUGGGAGUCGGGGGAGUGAGGAAGAAGAAGGAAUCACUGGCGGAAGGGGAGGAUUAGAAGAAGAGCCUGUAAUGGUUUGCGCUCAGCUGCUGCGAAUCUUCAGCUUGAACGCAGCAACCACAACCACAGGAACUCAGGAAGCAAUCUAGAUUUCGUUUCCUUUUUGGUAGUUGUCCUUGGUGAACUCCAACCUCGGAUGUACCAAUUGGAUGACCGUCGACCUCGGAUGUACGAGCGGAUGAGUUGCGACGGGAAGCGGGGGCGAUCGAUUGAGAUGAGGAAGUUGAGGAAUUAGGGUGGAGUCGAAGGGUUGGGUACUUGGGUCACGGGUUUGGGUGGGUAACUAAUGUGGCGGGUUUUGCUGAUUGUAUGGGUUGAGUUUUUUUUUUUUAAAUUUAAAUUGGGUGAAUCAUCACUUCUGUUAGCCACGUCAGCAAAUAACUGACGAUGUUAACAGAAACUAACGGAAGGUAACGGAGAGUGACCAAAUUUGAACCGUUUAACUUAUUUGAGUGACCAAGAUUGUAUUUAAAUAUUUUCAGUGACCAAACAU